UUUUCAAAACUACUUUUUUUCUUCUACUAUUUUUGUUGGCUUAAGAGCUUUAGCCAAAAUCCUUCUUUCUGGUUAUCUGAAAGCUUUUUUGGGGUGGGGAAGGAAAACUUUUGUGUUGUCUUUGGGCCUCAGAUUUUUAUUUAUUUGAAUCAGAAAAAUAUUCAAUUUUUAUUUGUUAUUUUGAUUAAUUUUUAUUUAUGUUGUUGGUUGUUGAUAUUCUUUUUCUCUGAAAAAUUACAUUUUUUUUGGAUUUGGGCUUGUUGGGUGAUUAAACAUUGUUUUUUUAAUUUUUCGUAUUUAAAUUUUUUGACCUUAUUUCGAAUUUUUGAAAAUUCCAAGUCCUCACUAUUUUUGUCUUUGUUUUUUAAUUUUCAAUGAUUCACUUCCAAACGCUCUACUGGAUUUUCUCUCUCCUUCCAUUUUUAAGGAUUUUUUGCCAUUACGCAAAUCCCAAUCCUUCCCUCCUUCUUUUAAUUUUUUCCUUUUAAAACCUUUCCAUCUAACAAUCUUCAACAACAACUUCAUCAUCCCAUCAAAAAAGUGAGAUAUCCUUUCAUUAUUCACUUUUUAAACAUUUUCUCACAUACUACUUUUCUACUAUUUCACAAAUGAAUUCUCUAGUUGAGAGAGACUUUUAAAGGAUUUGGAUAUUUAUUUAUUUAGUGGAUAACUUUUAGUAUGAUAAUAUGUGUGGAGAUUUGUUUAAUCCUGUCUUUCUAUUUUCCUAUUUUUUCUAUUUAUCAUUUAAAGGGUUUUCUCUCGUUUCUGUUCUUCAUUUCGGUUCCGGAUAUCCGAAAAUUUUCCAAAAACUUUCCAAGAAUUUCCAAGACAAAUUUUCUAUUAAGAACCAUGGGUGUUUAUUUUAAUGAUCUAUUUUUAUCUACCCCUGAUUAUUAAACCAGAAACCUUAGAAAAUUGUUUAAGACAUCUAACUCUUUUUUAAAAAAUUUUCAAAUCAUCUUAUCUUUUAACAAAAUCAGCAUUAAGAGAGAAACGACCUUUUUAAGAGAGAGAUAUAUAUUCUCAUUUUUUAUCCCUUUUUUUCUCUCCCUUUAACGCUUGGUUGAUGUCGCUUGGGAUUAACGAUGGAGGGGAUUAGAUAUUUUGUGAAGAUAUAGAGGGGAUUAAAGGGGAGGAUAUAUAUCUCUUUUUACUAUUUAGUUGGCUUGUAUAUUGAUUUUAUAUUUUUUUAUAUUUUAGAGGGUAGGGAUUUUGGUUUUGGGGGAGAAAAAGAGAUUUUAAGGAGAAAUGUUGGUUGUUUGUUGGCCUUCAUAGAAAGAUUUUUCUUCGGAAUUUUUAAAAAAAUAUUUCAAUUAACCCUCUCUUUUUUAAUUUUUUUAUUUUCUAAAUACAAUAAAUUUACUAAUAUCCUAAUACGUACUAGGCAUUUUUCCAUUGAUCUCAUUCAUGGACUUAUCAAUGAACGGGCAAAGUUUUUUCGAUUAGAUAUGGACUACUGUUUUAGGAUAUUUUUUUAAUUAUUUUUUUUAUUAUAUUUUUGAGGGGAAUUUUUCAUACAUUUUACUAGAGGUGGGAUUUUAAUUUUGGGGGAUUUUGGUUUUUGCUUAACUUUUUUUUUAUUUUUUGAAUUUUUCAAAUUAAAUUUUUACUUAUUUAUUUUCAUUCAAGAUUUGUUUAUCUCGUAUAGUUUUUUAAAAUUUAUUAUCUCCUUUUUAUCUCUCAUUUAUUUAUAUCCACACAUCUCUAUUUUCAAUUUUUUUAUUUUUCAUCUCUUCAAUUUUUGGCAAAAAUUUAUAAAAUUGGAUGGAGGAGGAAGGGGGCUAGCUAUAUAAUAUUUUUAAGUAUAAAAAAAGGAAAAAGCCGAGGGAUUAGUUUUUGGUGAUAUUAUAUAGCGAAAAAUAAAAGGGGAAAAAGGAGAGAAAAUCCAGAGCCAACGCGGCUUUUUACCGCGAAAGUGGCGUUUUUGAAUGAAUAAUGUGAUAUGAGAAGGGGAAAAAGGGGGGAUUGGGGGAAAGAGAGAAAAACCUAAAAAUUGUGAAUUUGAAAAAAGGGGGAGGGAGAAGAGAUUGGCUUUUUGUGGGAUGUAAAAGUGUAAAAAAUUUAAUAGUUUUUGGAAAAAAGCUUUACUAGAAUAUAUUAAGGGUAUACUUUUGUGUGUCAGAUGAUAAAAGUGGGAGAGAGAUUAACUAAACAAAAAAUUGUUGGGCAAUAUUUUUUUGGUUUUAUAUCUUUUUUUGAAAAAUUUUUGUCUGGUGAUUUUUAGAGUCAGAAUUUUUAGAGUUAGCCAGUUUCCAGUGACUAAAAAUCAUUACACUAUUCAAUUCAAAACCCCAUUAGCUCCUUUUUUGAGAGUAAUAUCCGACUCGACAUAGGUGAGAGGGUAGACUUGAAUUUAGGUUUGAAUCAAAAUUUCUAUUUUUAUUGAUGACAAGUACAUAUCUUUUUAUAUAAAGUGUACUCACUCUAUACUUAAAUUAAAAAUAACUCUAAAGCUCAUCUCCUUAAUUGGAUAUUACCUCUCUCUUGCUUUACUAAAAAAGAGAAAGCUUUCAUCCUUAAAGUAAAAAGCUUCCUCUCGUUGCCGAAUAGUUUUAAUUUCCUUUGCAAAUCUGUUUUUCUUUAAUUUAUACUCUUCAACCUUUUUUGUUUAUAGAUUAAGAUAGUUUAGAUUUAAGGAGACUAGCUCUAGUUGUAGUCCCUUUAUGCUGAAGAUUUCAAGUAAAAGCUUGGUGUAACUGGUUAACUGUUGGAUGGGAUAGUGCAGGGGUGCGCCGAAAUAGAUUUUAAAAAGCGAACGGCGAAACGCGCAACUGGCACACUACUGCUAUAUUGUAAUCUAAUUAUAUUAAGGCAAGGAUAGAAGGCAAUCAAAAAAAUUUUUUAAAUUUUUCUUUCAUUUUUAUGUACAAUUUUCUCUGAUAACUGUUCCAAUAUUUACUUUAUAAUUUUUAAAUUCAAUCUUUUUGGGGUAGAUAAAUAAUCUUUUUCUUCGAGUAGUAGAAGGGUAGAGGGAGAGCCAAGUAAUCCCGCCAGCUUUUUAUUUUCUUUUACUUUUCUUUUAUAUUUUUUUUUCUUCAUUUCCUCAAAUACCACAAAAAUUUUUUGAUGUGUUUGCCUGUGUGUGGCGAGGCCACCAAAAUAAAAUUUUAUUUUGCUCAUCCAUUUAGCUAAUACUUUAGUUAAAUCUUUUCUUUUUAUAUUUUCUUCAUCCUCCCUCUCUUCUAUCUACCUACAGCGUUACUUUUCUUGAUGAUGAUUAGCUAACUAACUAGCUAACUUUCUGUUCACUUUAUUGUGUUUGGUUAAAGCCGGCAGCAACUUCUUCUUUCAUUCUUUCUUUCCCAAUUUUCUUCAGAGCAUUUAGCCAAUCCCGACGUUUAUUUUAUUUUAGUUUUUCUUUCGGCUUAUAUCGUAAGCUUAGGAGAUAGAGCUAGCUAAAUAAAAUAUUUUCUCGAUCACCAUCAACAACAAUAAAUAUUCACAGGGCGGGCCAAUCCUCCUUCAUCUUUUUUUUUACCUUUCAAAUGCCUCAUUGAUUUCUCUCCGCCUAUUUACUGAUGCUUAUGCGCGGAUAUUUAAAAAAUUAUAUUCUUGAAAAAUUUUAAUUUUGUUGGGAAAUUUGGUAUAUUUUUUGUGAUCUCUUAUCUAUGCUUAAAGCUUUGGCCUUUAUUUUGAUCUAGUGUUACUUUUUCAAAAAGAUGUGAUUUUUCAGCAUCUUAUCGAUCAUAACUUUUUUAUCAAUCAGUCGAGAAUUAAAAUUUUUUUGAAAUUUUGUAGGGUAUUUAAUUCUUUAUCUAUUGGUAACAAGAUCAGUAAAAAGUAUCCACCUCUUCAAAAGUUAUAGUUUCCGGGAUUGAACUAAACUGAGGUGUACUUGCGGUUUGCCUCGCUUUUUAAGCAGACUUUCGUGGAUACUUUUUAAGCAGACUUCGCUUUUUAAGCAGACUUCGCCUCGCUUUUUAAGCAGACUUUCGUCUUUCUCUUUUUAAGAUCAGUUUCGACACAUCCUUGAUCAAUCUUAUCUUUAUUUUAAGAAAUUAUCUUUUAUCUUUUAACUAUUUUUCCAAGACAAAUAUUACAUGCUUUUUAUUCUUUUUGGCCACUACCCAUUUUAUUCAUAUAUAAUAUAAUCUCUUCUCAUACAUAUAAAUCGAGGCGAUAAACUAAUAUUUAUUUAUUUAUUUAUUUGAUGACGAAAAAAGUCUUUAUUUCCUCCUCCAAAAAGCCUCUCUUUUUUUUUCUCAUUCAAAUCUAUGACUAGCUUUUCUGGCCAACAGAAAAUUUUGUCAUCAUCUCAUUCAUUCUUUAUACAAAAAUUGAGGGGAAUAUAUAAAUAAUAGGCGCGAUUUAUAGCUUUACUACUAGAGGGGGGAGCUUUUCUUUAGUUGCUUUAUGUAUGUUGUGUUUGUGGACAAAAAUGGAUUGCUGAAUCACACAAAUUUUUUUUAUUCAAGACUGUAAGAAAAAAUAAAGGAAUUGAGGGGAGGAAGGAAGGGGUAGAGGAAAGGAAUAAAUACAUACAAGGGGAUGAGUGUCGGCUUUAUAUAUUUGUUGGCUUUUCAGAGGGGGGAAGGAGGGAAGAAAUAAAGGGUGGAAAAGCUUUUCUUGCGUUUUAUUGUUAGCGCUUUAUUUUGGGCAAAUCACCUCCUCCAUUACCAACAUCUUAUAAAUUUAUUUAAAAACAUUUUUCUUUCUGUUUCCUUUUCCUUAUUAUUUAAUACAAUCUCGAUUUUUAUCUUUAUUCGGUUGGCCAUUUUUUGUUAGUAUUUAUUUGAUUUUUGUUGUUGGCCAAGAAAUUGCUAAAAAAAUUUCUUCAAACAGCCAACCAUCUCUCUUAUCUUUUUAUCUAUUAAUAGCUGGAUUUUCCGUCUUUUUUUUAUCGCAAACCCUCUACUUUAUACUUUUUAAGCAGGGGACUAAUUUCUUCAAAUAACCCCAAUCAUCUCUUUUUCUUAUCUCUUUUUUUAUCCAUCAAUAAAAAAUUAUUUUUAAUAUUAUCUUUAUUUAUUGAGCUUUAUUUUUAUCUCAAAGAAACAGUGACAGACAAUUUUUUGAGCUGGGGAUUUUUUCAGUUUUUUAAUGACUACAUAUUUAAUUUUUUAAUCAAAAAAAUCCUCUUAAAAAUGAAAUUAUGAACGACGAAAUAUUUAGAAGGAAGAUGUCUUCUUUCUAUAAAAAAGGAUCGCUUUUUUUGGUCCAACAUCGCCUAGAAGAAAAUCUUUCGCGCUUAUUUUUUUCUUUUUAAUUUUUUUUGUUUGUUUUCUAUUUCCGGUUGGAUUUGUUGUUUAGAUUGUUGCAAUUUAUACAUAUUCAUUAAAAAUAGAUGUACUGCACAAACACACACCUUUUAAUUGCUAAUACAAAAUUUUAUGUUGAUCAAAGAAUCGUCUAAUAUUUGUUGCUUUCCUAGCUUCCGUUUUUUAAAACAAGGCAGGGCUUAUUAUAUAUAUAUAUAUAUAUUAUACAGAUC